UACCUAAAUGGAACAGCCGCACUGUACAAGAUAUAUGAUAUAUUUAUACAACAGACAACAAAUGCUUUCAAACUAGGAAAGGAAGAUACCAAAACCUUCCCUACCAAUAAGAACUAGGAACAACCUCAAACUUAAUUCCAUGUCUUGCCGAGCCCCCCCUCAACCCUAAAUCACCACCACAUCUUCCUCCAACAUAAAACCUCGCCAAAAAACCCCGAAACACUCUUGCCCUAUGUUGUCACUAUCUGGGCACCAACCAUCAGUAGCCCUCAAUGACAAGAAAGUUUUUCCAUGGUGCCACCCAAAGAACCACACACCCUCUGGUUUGGUUUGCGGCUGUUAUCUGCACUGUUAUUGCCAUAGCCGUGAUCAUCACGGGGAUCGCUGUGUUUGCGGGCUACAUGAUCAUCCAUCCGAGGGUGCCUUUCGUCACCGUCACCUCAGCUCACCUGGACAACUUUCAAAACUCAGUGGCUGGUCUUCUUGACACAGACAUCACCAUUAUUGUGAGGGCUGAGAAUGACAACGCGAAAGCACAUGCCAGCUUUUCGGAUACAAGCUUCACACUGAGCUUCCAAGGCCUGAACAUUGCCAGGUUGGUGGCAUUGCCAUUUGAUGUGAAGAAAAAUAGUUCGGUGGAUUUUCAUUAUUUGGUGCAAUCUUCAUCGAUUCCAUUGAGCCCCGAGCAGAUGGAUCAAAUAGAUAUUUCAUUGAAGCGAGAUAAAAUUAGUUUCGAUUUGAAGGGGAAUUUGAGAGCAAGGUGGAGAGUAGGGCGGCUUGGUUCUGUAAAAUUCUGGUGUCAUUUGAAUUGUCACCUCAGGUUUCAUCCUUCAAAUGGAAGCUACAUACACUCACCUUGUAGCUCCAGGGCAAAAUAGUAAAAUUGUUAAGUA